AUGAACGACCCAGUUCUCAGAACCGCUUCUCCUUACACUGAUCCCACAGUGAAAGGUCCUAAGUCUCAGCAACUUACCAGCGGUCACUCCCACUCUCUUCUUCAACACAGCAAAAUGAUUCCCAACAACAAAGUCAACAAGACCGCCCUCCACCCUGGUGGUGUAGAACCCCACCAUGAAAGGGAGCACACAGAACUAGAGGAGGAGCUGCAUGAGAAGGCACACAUCGACUAUGACAGAGUCGCCAUUAUCCCUAACCCUUCAGUUGCCGCCCUAUACGAAGAUGCUCUGGUCUAUGAGAUGGGUUCAGCCAUAGCUUCGAGCGGCGCAUUAACAGCCUAUUCUGGAGCCAAGACUGGCCGAUCACCCUCAGAUAAGAGAAUCGUUAGGGAACCGUCAUCAGAAAAGGAUGUCUGGUGGGGCCCUGUUAACAAGCCAAUGGCACCUGAGGUCUGGAAAAUCAACCGCGAACGUGCAGUAGAUUACCUAAACACCCGAACGCGAAUUUAUGUCAUCGAUGGUUACGCCGGUUGGGAUGAGAAAUACCGAAUCCGCGUCCGAGUCAUCUGUGCCCGUGCCUACCAUGCUUUGUUCAUGCGAAACAUGCUUAUCCGCCCUCCACGAGAGGAGCUAGAGCACUUCCACCCGGAUUACACAAUCUACAAUGCCGGAAGUUUCCCUGCCAACCGGUACACCGAAGGAAUGACCUCUGGAACUUCAGUCGCCAUUAACUUUGCAGAGAAGGAGAUGGUCAUCCUUGGUACUGAGUAUGCUGGUGAGAUGAAGAAAGGUGUCUUCACAGUACUAUUCUAUGAGAUGCCCAUAAUACACAAUGUGCUUACUCUUCACUCGUCGGCGAACGAAGGCAAGAAUGGAGACGUUACGCUUUUCUUCGGCUUAUCUGGUACCGGCAAGACUACCCUGUCUGCCGACCCUAACCGAGCUCUAAUUGGUGAUGACGAGCACUGCUGGAGUGACCGAGGUGUCUUCAACAUCGAGGGUGGCUGUUACGCCAAGUGCAUUGGUCUCUCGGCGGAGAAAGAGCCGGAUAUUUUUGGUGCUAUCCGCUUCGGCUCUGUUCUUGAGAACGUCGUUUUCGACCAGGAAACCCGAGAAGUCGACUAUGACGAUGCCACCCUCACAGAAAACACGCGAUGUGCGUACCCAAUUGAGUAUAUCAGCAACGCGAAGAUCCCUUGCCUGUCAGAAAACCACCCCAGCAACAUUGUCCUGUUGACUUGUGAUGCUCGUGGUGUACUACCGCCGAUAUCGAAGCUUAACAGCGCUCAGACCAUGUUCCACUUCAUUUCCGGUUACACAUCCAAGAUGGCUGGUACCGAAGAUGGUGUAACGGAACCCCAAGCCACCUUCUCAUCUUGCUUCGCCCAGCCCUUCCUUGCUCUCCACCCCAUGAGAUACGCAAAGAUGCUAGCGGACAAGAUAGAAAAGCACUCAGCCAAUGCCUGGCUCUUGAACACUGGUUGGGUUGGUGCUGGCUACGUCCACGGUGGCAAGCGUUGCCCACUCAAGUACACUCGUGCCAUCCUUGACGCGAUCCACUCCGGUGAGCUGGCUAAGGCCGGGUACGAGACUUAUGAUGUCUUCAAUCUUCAGGUUCCCACGUCAUGCCCUGGUGUUCCCGCGGAGCUACUAAACCCCAAGACCGCUUGGACUGCGGGUACGGAAAGCUUCCAAGAAGAAGUUAAGAAGCUCGGUGGAUUGUUCAUCGAGAAUUUCAAGAAGUACGAAUCGGAAGCUACUGAUGAUGUUAAGGCUGCGGGACCAAUUGUUUAA